AUGAAAAAUUACGAGAAUCGACCAACUGGAUCUACACCAUUCUCUGAGGUGAAUGAUGUGCACGCUCACCAUGCUAGGCGUAGAAAAGGUCUCGGCCCUGGUUGUGGUCGUGGUCGUGGUCAUGAUGACCAAGAAAGAAACCCUGUUCCGAAUGUUAAUCAUUCAUCUAACAAAAAGAAAAAAGAUGAGAAACGUGAAACAAUUACUUGUUUCCGAUGUGGCAGAAAAGGACACUAUUUACGUGACUGUCGUGCUCUCAAGCACUUAGUGGAACUUUAUCAAGUAUCGCUGAAGAAGAAAGAGAGAUAUCCCGAGGAUAACUUUCUCUUUGAAAAUAAUGUUAACAUCACAUGCUUGGAUAUAGCAGACUUUUUUUAG